AUGAUAAGAAGAAGCCCUAUUGCUGUUGACAAAUACGUCUUGGAUUUUAAUGCAAACGAAGUAUCGACUCAAAUAAUCAAGGUUACAACUGAAAUAAAAGGUCGAGAUGUGCUUGGUGAGAUAAUUCAUAAUCUUCCGCCAUGUUUUGAUAUCGAUCCGCCGGCUGGUAGGAUGGCUGUACCAAGCGAAGUAAGGGUCACCUACAAAUCAACCAUGUAUCCGUUGGAGUUCGACUAUGACAAUCUAGAGUUUACCAUCGCAGAAAGGUUCAGAAAUGAAGAAGACUUAGACGCGAAGCAUCUCAUCAAAAUAAACCUUUUGGGCGCACCUAGCCGACCGAUACGGAAAGCGAGAAAUAUGACAUCCGAUAACACCGAGCCCUCCUGCGAUAUAUGUACCUUGAAGUUUUCGGAGGACGAUAUGAACAGAAUUCCAUUAGUGCUCUCAUGUGGACAUACUUUAUGCCGCGGGUGUUGUCAAACUUUAAAAGAUCGCUCAUUCAACAGAACAGUGUCUUGUCCGACUGACCGCUCUGUUACAAGAGGAGACGUUAGUAAAUUUAUAAGGAACUUCUGUUUGAUCAACUAUUUACGAGAAACAACACAAAAACCUCCAGUUUUUUGUGAAAAUCCGUUCGUUCCAUGCUUCGAAAAUCCAAAUCAUGAAGCCGCGUUUUAUUGCUCAACUUGCGACGUCGACUUCUGUGAAAGUUGUUUCCAAACCGUACACUCGCAUAAAAUACUGGCAAAUCAUAAAGUAGUACCAAUUGCGGACAAACCGUUUAAGCCUACAAUGUGUGUAAAUCAUCCAACAAAAUACGUUCGAUAUUUGUGUACUAACGAAAACUGUGUCUAUCAACCCAAACUGUUUUGUGAUGAUUGUAUGCCCGACCACAGAUGCCCCUACACCACUGACUAUUUCGACAGAAUCUCAGAAAACCGAGGAAGGGUGGUGAAAAUAUCCAAUUUUAUAAAACAAGUAGACACAAAUGUCAUGCCGAAAAGAAAGAAAGUUGUCAUGGAUUGCAAAGCAUCGUUCUCAGAGGACGAUCGCACCAUUCAGAUGUGUUACGAAAAGAUUGAAGCGCACUUCGAAAGGCUUAAGGAUACCGCAAUAGCCAGAUUCGGUUGUUUUCUGGAGAACGCAAAAGACACAGCUCAAAGAGAACUAAACAGAAUCGAAAAAAACGCCGGAGAGAUUUCCAAAUUAAGAAAAGACGUUGACAAAUUUUUGAAUAGAAGAGAGGGUUUUUUGGAUAUUGAAGCUAUGGUCGAUAAAGAAUAUGAAGUUCGUAAAAAGAUGGCAGUGUUUCAACGAGACAUGCCGAAGUUCUCUGACUACGAUUUUAAGCCAGCCAUGACCGAAUUUCCACAAAAAUUUCCUCAACCCGAGAAUGAUGCGUCUCGGAAACGACCAGCAUUCGAUCCUAAUGAAAUUAUAAGCAUUGACGAUUAA